GCCUAAAUGAGAACAGUUUUGGAACUCAGCUUAUAUAAAUACAGCAGGCAAAUCCCCUAACACCAAGUACAUACAGUAAAUACAACACUUAAAAACGUAAGAAAUAUGAAAGUUUUUGUUACAGGAGGUUCCGGGUUUAUUGGAACAAAAGUUGUUGAGCAAUUGAUUUCUAAAGGCCACAGCGUCGUGGGAUUAGCCAGAUCAGACACUUCAGCAGAAAAGUUGGAAACUGCUGGUGCCAAAGUUGUCAGAGGCGAGUUGACAGAUAUCGAUGUGUUGGUGGAUGCUGCCAAAUCUGCAGAUGGAACCAUGCACUUGGGAUUCAUCCAUGAUUUUGCCAAUAUUUCCAAAAGCAUGGUUCUUGACAGGCAAAUUGUCACAUCCAUCUGCGAAGCCUAUAAAGGCACAGACAAAUUUUUCAUCAACACUAGUGGAACCUUGUUUCUUCAUGGACCAGGUCUUAAUGACGAAGAUACUCCCAUCCCAGAAGUUCCGUUGUUACCAGAUAUGGUUGUAAGAACCGAAACAGAAAGCCAGUUGUUGUCUUAUGCGGAUAAAGGUUUCAGAGUUAUUUCCAUAAGGUGUCCUCCAACUGUGCACGGUGAAGGUGACGGUGGGUUUAUUCCAAUUAUUUACGGAAUGUUCAAGAACCAAGGUGCUUCGUUUUACCCUGACAGUGGUGAGAAUGUUUGGCCUGCUGUUCACAGAGCGGAUGCUGCGAAAUUGUACGUGUUGGCAGCGGAAAAGGCACCAACUGGUAGCAUAUUGCACGCAGUGGCCGAACAGGGGAUUCCUAUCAAGUCAAUUGCGGAAGCCAUGGCUAAAAAAAGUGGGUUUGAGGCCAAAUCAGUCUCGAAGGAUGAACUUAAGGAGAAGCUUGGUUUCUUUUUUGGUUUUGUAUUCGCCUCAAACAACUAUGUAUCGAGUGAAAAGACCAAAAAGAUUACUGGAUGGGCUCCAACUGAAGCUACAUUACUUGAAGACAUUACUAACAACUACUAAUAUUUCCGAAAUAUGUCUAUAUAUAUAUUGAUCGCUAUGAACAUAUUCCCUGUAAAA